UUUGGGAGGGGGGGGUUGCUUCUGAAAUCCCAGGAGGGGCUUCAGAUGUGUAACAGCGGGCGGGAAGCCGCGCAGUCCGAUCCUGAAUGACUCCUCACAGGGUGGUUGAGAACCAGAGAGGAUUGUGAGGCACUCCAAAGGGAUCUGUUGAGGCUGAAGUUCGAGGCGUCCCAGGGGAAGGAGAUGGAAGAGAAGAAUCCAGAAGAAUGUGGAAUAGUCAAAAGAUCAAGGAAGAGUUCUCAUUGCACUCAGGCUGGGGGUGGCAUGGAGUAUUUGGAAAGAGCUGUGCCGGAGAUCCUGUCUCAGGAUUUGAUAACUGCAAGUGGAUGCAACCAAUGCUUCCGGCAGUUCUGCUACCAUGAGGUGAAUGGACCCCGUGAGGUUUGCAUCCAGCUCCAUGCCCUUUGCAACCAGUGGCUGGAGCCAAAGAAACAUACCAAGAAGCAGAUGCUGGACCUGGUGAUCCUGGAGCAGUUCCUGGCCAUCCUUCCCCAGGAAAUGCAGUGCUGGGUCAGAGAAUGUGAGCCAGAGACCAGUUCCCAGGCAGUGGCCCUGGCCGAAGGUUUCCUCCUGAGCCAGAGAGAGGAGAAGAGGCAGGCAGAGCAGAUGUGGGGAUCAGCUGUAAAGAUGGAAGCCAAGUUCUGUGAGGCGGAAGGACCUUGGUCAGAGGAAAGUCAGCAGGAGCAGGCCCAGAAGGAUGCCCAAGAUGCCCUGCCAAGUGGCAGUGAAGAGAUAUUGUCAAGCUGUCAUCUCUGGAAUGGAGUGCAAAUGUCUGCUCCCCCUCUGGUCCAGUCUCCCUUCUCCUUUGAGGAGGUGGCUGUGCAUUUCACUGUGGCUGAGUGGGCCCUGCUGGAUCCUGGUCAAAAAGCUCUCUAUAAGGAAGUCAUGCUGGAGAACUAUAGAAAUGUGGCCUCUCUGGGGGAUGAUAAGAAGAAUGAGGUGGAUGAGGAACUGUAUCUUCUAUUGCCUUAUGAAAUCAAGAAUGAAGAUGUGAUGGAAUGCUUCAGGAAUCAAGGCAGACCUAAGAGGCAGAAAGGCAGCCACACAGUCAAGAAGAGGACUAAACCCAUCCCUUGCCAAGGAAGGGUUUUCCAAAAAGUCAUUCACAUGGUGGAGAAAACAGACAAGGGCUUGGAGUGCAGAGUGAACCUCUCAGACCAAACCCAAUAUAACAUCCAUCUACCAAUGCACAGUGGAAACAAGACCCAUCAAUGUCUGAAGUGUGGAAAGACCAUGACUCACAGAGCAGAGCUGUGUAGGCAGCAAAGGACACAUGCAGGAGAAAACCCUUAUAGUUGCUCAGACUGUUGCAAAAGCUUCUCAGAAAAAUCAGCCCUUGUUCAGCUCCAAGGGAUUCACUCAGGAGAACAGCUAUAUAUCUGCUCAGAGACUGGAAGAAAGCAUAAGGUAUACUUCCCAAAGCACAGUGUAAUGAAGGCACAUAAAUGUUUUCGGUUUGGAAAGUACUUCAGAUACAAAUCACAAUUCAAUAUGCAUCAAAAAGUCCACAGAGGAGAUAAACUUUUUGAAUGCUCAGAGUGUGCAAAGAGAUUUGGUCGCAGAGACCAUUUUCAACAGCAUCAACGAACCCACACAGGGGAGAAGCCCUUUGCAUGUUCGGUGUGUGGGAAGAAAUUUAGUCAAAAUAGCACUCUUCAACAACAUCAGAGAACCCACACAGGGGAGAAGCCCUAUGAAUGUUCAGUGUGUGGGAAGAGAUUUAAUCACAGAAGCAUUCUUCAACAGCAUCAGAGAACCCACACAGGAGAGAAGCCUUUUGAAUGCUUAGUGUGUGGGAGGAGAUUCAGUCAGAGUAGCAAUCUUCAACAGCAUCAUCGAACCCACACAGGAGAAAAGCCCUUUGAAUGUUCAGAAUGUGGUAAGAGAUUUAAUCACAGAAACACUCUUGAACAGCAUCGAAGAACCCACACAGGGGAGAAGCCUUUUGAAUGCUCAGAGUGUGGGAAGAGAUUCAGUUACAAUAAUGCUCUUCAAAAUCAUCUAAGAACUCACACAGGGGAGAAACCCUUUGAAUGCUCAGAGUGUGGGAAGAGAUUCAGUCAGAGUAGCAAUCUUCAACAACAUCAGAGAACCCAUACAGGGCAGAAGCCCUUUGAAUGCUUAGAGUGUGGAAAGAGAUUCAGUCAGAGAGGCGCUCUUCAACAGCAUCUACGAACCCACACAGGAGAGAAGCCCUUUGACUGUUCAGAAUGUGGGAAGUGUUUCAGGCAGAGUUGCACUCUUCAAAAGCAUCUUAGAACCCAUACAGGGCAGAAGCCCUUUGAAUGCUGAGAGUGCGUAAAGAGAUUCAGUCAGCGAGGCACUCUUCAAUAGCAUCUACAAACCCACAUGGGGGAGAAGCCCUUUGAAUGCUCAGAGUGUGGGAAGAGGUUCCAUUACAGUAAGGCUCUUCAACAAAUCAGCGAAACCAUACAAGGACAGAAGCCCUUUGAAUGCUCAGAGUGUGGGAAGAGACUCAGAGUGGCAUUGUUCAGCAGUAUUAAUGAAACCACACAGGAGAAACCCUUUCAAUGUUCAGAGUGUGGGAAGUGAUUCUUUCAUAAUAGUGCUCUUCAGAAGUAUCUUAGAACCCACAUAAAAAGAAACCAUAUGACUACUUAGCCCAGAGUUAUCAAACUUGUUUGUUAUGAGGGCUGGAUCAGACAUAGAUGUCAUUUUGUCAGGCUGGGACAUGUAUACCAUAAGAUGUACUGUCAAAAACCAGAAAUAGAAACUUCAGAAAGGACAGAGACAAAUCCAAUUAUCAUUUUGUAUACAAACAGCCCAACAAUACUUCCUUUAUUUAACAUUCUUUUGACAACCGAUAUCUAUCGCUUUGAAUUAUUGCAUCAGAAUUUGGAGUUAACAUCUGAGGUAUAGCAAUCCUGAGUAUACUGUUUUGUUUUUAAUCUUUAAGCUAAGAAUGUACUUUUGAUUUAUGGAUAU